UUUAACUUUAUUCCACACACACCAUAUUUAUUUCAAAGUUAAUUUUCUCUCUCUUCACCAAAGAAAUCUGGAAAACUCUCUCAUUCUCAAACAAACCCUAGCCGCCGCCUCCUCCCUCCUUCAGUGUUUCUCCGGCGGUCGUUACAUUGCUCCACCAUCUUCAUCCUCUCCUUUUCAUCUGUAAUUAUACUCUAUCAAACUUCCCUACGACCAUCUUUUCGGCUAGAUCUUGACAUCCACGUACAAGCUUUUGAAAAUCCAUCACCAUAAAAAGAGUCCCCUCCAUCUUCUCUACAAAACCCAUUUAAAAAUAUCAGGAACGGACAACCUUCGCCGGAGCUUGCAACAACCGCGCCGGGUAUUGUUGAUAUGGAUGAGAAGAUUGACACCGCGGAAAAGAAGGUGUUGGUUGAUAUUGUAAAAUUGGUACAAAAGAAAGGCAUGAAGGGUAAAAUGGGAGACUGGAAGGAAUUCCUGAACAGCAAUGAUAAAAAAUUUGGGGCAGGUAUGAGUGAUCCAUCAAAGAGGUCCCAUGAGGUUUUGGCUGCAUUUCUAAAGACAUUCUCAAAGGAUGAGGAUUUGAAGUUUUUUGGUAACAUCAUGCGGCAUCAUUCAAAUCAAUACACAUUAGAGCGACUGAAAGAUAGAUCUCAGGAUUCCCCUGAGCAGAGGCUAGUCCAAGUAACUCUCCAGCACCCUAUGUAUCCAAUGGAUUAUUCGCUGCCAUCUAUUGAUGAGGGAUGGUUAGUGAUAAACCUUAAGAAAAAGGCCAAGGGGAUAAAAUCUACCACAAUGGUUGCUGUUGAUUGUGAAAUGGUUCUCUGUGAAGAUGGGACUGAAGCUUUGGUCAAAGUCUGUGUUGUAGAUCACAAUUUAGAGGUCAAAUUACACAAACUUGUUAAACCGGAGAAAGCAAUCAAAGACUACAAAACAGAGAUUACCGGUGUCUCUGCUCAAGAUCUAGAGACAGUGACUUGCUCCUUAGCUGAUAUACAGAAAUCGAUGAAGAAGUUGUUAUACAAUGGAACCAUAUUAGUUGGACACAGUUUAUAUAAUGAUCUACGUGUGCUGAAGCUUGAUUAUGUUAGAGUGGUCGACACUGCAUACAUCUUCCAACCCUUGGAUGGCUCUAUUCACAGGAGACCUUCGUUGAAUAGUUUGUGUCAGUCUGUUUUGGGCUAUGAAGUUCGGAAAAAGGGUGCUUCGCAUGAUUGUCUAGAUGAUGCAUGUGCAACAAUGAAACUUGUUCUUGCAAAGAUCAAACAUGGUGUUGAUAAGCCAUUUCCAUUAACAUUGGUUCAAGAGCCUGUUUCAGAAAGUGAGAUGUCGAAGCUGCUUAUUCACAGAAUACCAACCACUGUGAACACUGAAGCACUACACGAAAUUGUUCCUGGAGACUUCACAAUAGAACGGAAGCCUUCCAGAAACGGUCAAGGAGAUAAGUAUUCUGCCUUAGCUAUUUUUAAGAACCAACGAGAGGCACAUGAUGCAUAUGAAAAUGUCCAAGGCAGCCAAACAAAGGACUCAAAUGGGCGUCUACAGAAACUUGUCACAUGUCGGCUGAGUACGGGCAUGAGUGUCAGUUUAUUUGUUCGGAAAAUGGGAAUUGAUGAUCACCACAAAAAAAUGCCAUCUAAGAGAGAUUUACCAGAGGGCGAGAUGGUUGAUGUUCCCGAGAACAAGAAAGUAAAAAUGGAUCCUGAAGUUGAAAAGGAUGCCUACUUGAAACAGAUUGAAGCACUGAAUCAACGAUUGAAAGAGAGUGAGUUGGAGAUUGAAUCAUUGAGAGAACAGUUGAGGAAAAAGGACUUACAAGUGGAUGAUUCCAAGGAAGUAAAAGUGGAUCAUGAAAUUGAAAAGGAUGCCCACUUGAAAGAGAUUGAAGCACUGAAUCAACGAUUGAAAGAAAGUGAAGCGGAGAUUGAAUCAUCGAGGGAACAGUUGAGAAAAAAGGACUUUGAAAUUACUGCUCUGCAUAAAAUGGUAGCUAACAUACAAAAAAGGCAAAAACCUAAAAAGUAGUAGGCAUGGCACUGGAAUAUGGUGUUAGAUUAUUUGAUCAUUGAAUUCAAGGACUGCUAUACCUAUAAAACUGUGGCAAUGUCUUAUAACCGUUUGGAUGAAACUUAUAACAUUCUUACGUCUGUAUGUUCUUGUUCCUUUUUAUCAAUUCGAACUUUGGAAUUAAAAUUUUGGCCCUGAGCAAGUGAUAAUGUAUUAGUAUGUUAUUAGGAUUCUGUAAUGCAGUUUUAUAUUAUUGUUUGGAACGUUUUUUGUAAUGUUGACUAAAUCCAUUUUGUUGGAUUUGUUUGAGAA